GAAAUGUGUCAUCCGAAAAGGAAAACCUCAUAUUUGAUACGCAUCUCUUGUGGAGAUAUGGGGAAAAAGCUUUUUUGAUGAUAACUUUAGUGUGAUGUUGAAUGUGCAAAAGAAAUAUGUAUUUUUUAAAAUGGUUGGCAUCAUUCCUCAUCAUUAUAUCAUUCAAACCAGUAAAGAAUAGUGACUUUAUAUCACUGAUAAGUAUCGAAAAUGAUAAUUUCUGCAUAACGAACAGUUCUUCUGCAAUGAUUUACAAAAGAAAUAAUAAUAUUCAAGAAAAAGAGACUGCCUUCCUUCCUAGAAUUGGAUAUUUUUGUGAUUUUGAAAAUAACGAUAAUGGAAAUUGCAUUAAUUCUUUCAAAGUGCAUCCUUGGAAUUUGGUAAAUUAUUUGAAUUAUGAAAGCACAUUUCUCUUGGACCUUCGCUGGGAACGUUUGCCAGUACAAAAACUUCCUUUUAAAGACGAUAAUUAUUUAUCAUUUCUCACUCUAGUAAAGUUGGGAGGAUUGAGGGAUUUCAAGGUGCCGAUUUCUUUGAAAGGCGAAGAAAUCCAUCUACUUUUGUGUGAUAAAGAAAAGGUUGAGGAAGCAAAUUGCUAUUGGUUCAUACUCCAAGGCUGGUCCCGGAAGUAUACAGUAAUGAGAAAAUGUAAAGUUGGCGGGAUCCUCCCAUGGAAUCCUUAUCCUAAAGGUGAAGAUUGUGUCAAGAGGAAGGUGGAAAAAGUGCAUUCGAAGAAAUUCCCUCUUUAUUCAAGUAAGGAGAAAUGGAGUCAUAUAAUGAUAGAGAAAAAAGCAAAUACAAUAUCUUUAAAACUUUACAAUGAAAGGAAAGAAGAGGACAUCAUCGACUAUACCGAGAAAGAUGCGAAAAUGUUUGAAUUGAAUUAUAUUUUAGGACAUAGAAAGGAUGAGGAAGUACUUUGCAAAGUACAUGAGAAUAAUUACAUGCGAAGCACUACGGUUUCUGAAUUCAAUCUGAAAUAUGCAUUCUCUGGAAGUGAAUCUUGUAUUUCUUUUAUCUUGAAUACAUGUUCAUACUGUUCAACUACAGUAAUAUUUCUGAAUGAAGGAAAAACAAAAGUGCUUUUGGAAAAGAUUUUUCCACCGACUAAUGGCAUUUGGGAACACCACAAAUCGGUUACGAAUAUUUCCAGCAGUGAUUUUUUUUGGGUUAAAUUGAAAACUAUGUUAACUGAUGGUUCAUCUUCAACAGGAUCUGAAUUCUGGUCAUUCGAUGAUUUCCGAAUAUGCCAUAAUGAAGAAUACAGAAUAACACAAAAAGGAAGUUCGGAUGAUAUUUCCGAAUGUCAAUUGCUCGAAGAUAAUAAGAAAGUGAAAAAGGGCGAAACUAUCGAUUCUGUAACAGAUGACAUAAUAUGUUCAUAUCCUGAUGCCAUAGGAAGUGCAUGUAUUUCAUGCGAUCUAUUGAAGGAACGAAUCAACAACAAAAAAUGUGAAAAGUUGCAAAUAUGCGAAGAAAAAAAUGGCGACACUCAAUGUUUUUGCUCUUCGGGAUAUAUGGGAUCACAAUGUAAUAAAGUGUGCCCAAAAGGAACGUAUGGAUACUUUUGUCAAAAACAAUGCGCAUUUUGCGAUCCAGCGGGUCAAUGUGAUGCGAUAAAUGGCAACUGUGAAUGCCAUAAUUUAUUUGAAGGUCCAACAUGUCAAGUUCCUAAGAAAGGUCAAUAUUUGGAAAUUGCACCAAAAGUGGUAGAUCGAAAAGCAGACUCCUGUGAGAUACAAUGGGAUAGUGAAAAUUACAUCGGAAAAAACAAGCCAAAAUAUUAUCUGGUACAAUAUUCAAAUGCCCGUUCUCAAUGGUGGAAUGAUUAUGGAGAAGUAGAAAAUUUGGAAAAGAAUGGAAAUGUAGUAGUCGGAAAUUUCGAAUCAAACAAACAAUAUGCAAUCAGAGUUCUUUUGAGUGAUGAGAAAAGUGAAAUAAAGAAAUUACAUUACACGAAUCUUCCUGCUGCAAUAUGUAUAACGACAUGCAAUGAUUGGAUUGAAGAUGAUAUAGUAAUCAAAACAACAUCAAUCCGAGUAGAAAUUCAUCUCAAUUUAACCCAAGAUAAAUGCCCAUUUUCAUCAUACCAAUAUUUCAUUGAAGAUCAAAAUAAGACUAUCUCAAAUGGAAGUGCACUUAUUGAUAUCUCUCGAGGAAACCUAUCUCCUUUCGAAAAUUACAGUGUUACAUUCAAAUCCAAAACCCAGACAAUAACAAAGGAGUUCAGAACUAAAGAAGGAGUUCCUAGUGAAGUGAAAGACAUACAAAUGGACGAAUCCACUCCAAAUUCCACGAAAAUACAUUGGAAACAACCAGAUUUUCCGAAUGGUAAUAUUGUAGGAUACAAAGUAACAUAUAAGAAAGUUCGAAGAAUUGCCUGUAAAAUAAAUAUCAAGCCAAUUCUCCAAACAGAAUUAGAAAUGAAUACGACAAUCAACAACAUUGAACUGACCUCUUUGGAACCCUAUUCUGAGUAUCAAGUAAAAAUAUAUGCCUUCAAUGAGGUGAAAGUUGGCAAGGGAGCACAAGUAUCCCUUCAAACUGAAGGAAUAGAUCAUUUCGACGAUUCGGAAGAUUUCAAACAAGUGAAGAUAACUCACGAAACAGUGGAAAAAUCAGCCAACUUCAAAUUCGAAAAGAUAAAAUGUCAGAUGCUUCUUGGAGCCUUAAAUUACAAAGUGAAAUUUCGAUGUAUAAGCGAAUGGUGUUUGGAAACUGAAGAGCGUAAUGAAACUUCAACAUUCUUGGUUGGAACCCUGGUAUUGGGAUCGUUGCAGGCCUAUUGUAAAUACAAAUCUGAAAUAUACUUUUGUAGAAACGAGGAAUGUAAAUUAAAAGAAGAAAGGAUGUUUGAAACGAAACCUUCAGUUCCAAAUAAACUGAAGGAGAUCAUUGUGAUAGCAUCUGGAUAUGCUUUCAUUUGGGUACGUUGGCUCCCACCUUAUCCACCUACAGGAGAGAUUUUUAAUUAUAAAAUAACUUCUGUGUAUUCAAGUCCGUUCAAUACUUAUGAAGAAGGAACAAGCACUUUUUACCCUCAAAAUUGUGAAAUCUGGCCAGAGUAUCACUGUUAUAUAAUUAAAGGAAAAGGAAUAUAUUAUGGUGAAAAAACAGCAUUAGAGAUUGAAGCCACAAAUAAGGAAAAAUUUAAAUAUGUCAAUAUUGGUAGGGUGAACGAUAUUUUAGUUCAAGAGACAGCUUCAGAACCCCCAUACAACUUGUUCGUCAAUUGGAAUAAUUUUACAUCCAUGGAUGUGUUCUGGAAUCAUCCCAAUAGGACAAAUGGAAUUCUACAAUAUUUCAAGAUAUCAAUUACUUCUAAUAAUGGAUUUUCCACGUAUAAGUAUCCACCACAUAAAUGGAAUCUUACUUAUAGUUUUAAGAUUGCAAAAAUUCCCGCUGCUGAGGAUUUUACAAUAAAAAUUGUUGCAGUCAACAAUAUGUACGACAGUUAUCCGGCAGUAUUGAAAGACAGUUCUUACCCACCAAGUCCAGAAUUGGAUAAUUCUACAAUUUUUGUAACGAAUUAUACAAAGACAACAGUGAGCAUAGCAUUGUAUACAAGCCAAACUGAAGUCAGUCAUUCAAGUAAUGUUGAGAAAUAUGUGUUAAUUAUUAUCAAUGACCAAGCUUCAGAGACAACAGAUCCAAAUCUAGUGAAACUUGAACAAAUAGUGAACACAACGUUAGAAUCAAGAUCUCGUCUUAGAAUUGUGGCAGCAUUAGAUGUAAAAAAAAAUUCAUCGAAUAUUCUGAAUUUUACAAUUGGAAAUGGGGAUGAGAUAAAAAAUAAUUCAAUUCUGAAAGUUGACAUCGUCAACAAACCUUUGAAAGAAGCAGAAUAUUAUAAUGUUUUUAUUGUUAUGUUGAAUAAGUAUAGGACGAAAUAUCGACAUUCAAUAUACAAUAUUUCAAAUUUGACCCUAGGGGACCCAACAAUGACUCCUCCUCCCACUAAUUCUGGAAAAACAAUUGAAGAAGACGAUUCAUCUGGAGGAAAUGCCUUGUAUGCCUUGUUCUUGCUUUUACUACUAAUACCAAUAAUUGUGGGAAUCAUAAUUAAGCGGAAAAAUAUAGUGUUCAUUAGACCUUCGACGUCCUUAGAGAAGAUUGUGGAUACCAGUUCUGGAAAUUCGUCACCUAAAAAUGUUGAUGUCGAAGAAACUAUUCCUCUGGGAAUGAAGGAAACCGUCACUAUAUCUGCAAAACCCUCUAUGAAAGUGAAAAAUAAGUUAUCGAUAAGGAAAUCAACCAAUCCUCCAAACACACCCUCUGAAUUAUACUCGAGACCAGUAAAAUUAGCAGACUUCGAAGAAUACGUGAAGACAUCUAUAGAAAGCGGAGAACUAGAAAGACAACAUGCACAUUUCCCCAGAGGCCAGAACCAACCUUGUCAAUAUGGAUCCAGUAAAGUUAAUAAGCCUAAAAACCGUUACAACAAUCUUAUAGCAUACGACCAUUCCAGAGUUAUAUUGGAGAAAAUUGAGGGAGACGAACACUCUGAUUACAUCAACGCUAAUUAUAUUCAUGGAUAUAAUCUGGAAAAGGCCUAUAUAGCAACUCAAGGACCAAAAUCAACCACUCUUUUCGAUUUCUGGAGAAUGAUAUGGCAAGAAAAUGUGAGACAUAUUGUGAUGCUUGCAAAUGUUUAUGAAGGUGGAAAGAAAAAAGUUGAGCAGUAUUGGCCUAACAUAAAUGAAGAGCUCACCUUCCAAGAUAUAGUUGUGCAAUAUCAUUCAAUGGAAUUAUUCGCCAAUUUUGAGUAUAGAAUUUUCCACGUAACAAGAGGAAAUGAAAAGAGAGAGAUUGAACAACUUCACUUCACAACUUGGCCAGACCAUGGUGUUCCGCUAUAUCCACAAAGCUUGGUACCAUUCCUUCGUAAGCUUUUGAAAAUUUCACUGUCAUCAUCUUCACCAGUCGUUGUUCAUUGUAGUGCAGGGGUCGGUAGAACCGGGACGGUAUUGUUAGCGGACAUCAGUUUAAGAAUGGCCGCUAAGCAAGGUGUUGUUGAUAUGUUGAAUGAUCUUCAGAAAUUGAGAGAACAGAGAUCAAAUAUGGUGGACAACAUCGAGCAGUACAAGUUGGCCCAUCUGGUUGUCCUAGAAUGCUUGAUGGGUCUUCGAACCAGUAUACCAUGUAACGAGGAGAUGGACAAAAAUGUGCAGAGACUCAUAGGUAACGGAGACUACAAAGUUCAAAUGAAUUACCUGAAGGAAGCAGAAUGGCAAGAUCAGGCGAUGAAGAGUAUUGCAGAAGUUGAUGAGAUGUUACCCAACUAUCCAGAGAAAAAUAGGAUACAAGAAAUAAUUCCAGAAAACCAAGGACGCAUUUUUAUUUCAAGAUAUCCGCACGAUGACGAAUCUUCUUCUUAUAUAAAUGCUGUCAGGGUUGAUGGAUUCAGAUGUCCUGGCCGUUUCUUUGUAACCCAACAACCCAUGCCCAAUACUCUAGGAGAUUUUUGGAGAUUGGUGACAGAAAAUAAAAUUAAGGUUAUUUUAUCUUUGAACACAGUCAAUGUUCAAGAAAAGACAUGUUGCCAAUUUUGGCCAACAGCUGAAGAGCCUGAACUUCACCCAGUCGAUUUUCUUCUAGUUAAGUUUGGUGAUGUAACUGAAUUAGAGUAUUACGAUAUAUUUUCUAUACACGUGUGGACAAGAAACAAACGUCAGAAGGAGAAACAUGAUGUUGAGAUUGUUGCUUUCAAAAGUUGGCCUUCAAAAGCUAUGCUACCAUCUUGUUGUGAAGAACUUUUAUCAUUCUACGAAGAAGCCGAUGCUAUUUCUAGAGGUUCAUCAAACGUAAUUGUAACAUGCUUCGACGGGGUGACUGCAUCUGGUGUAUAUGUUGCUUUGUCUUUCAUAAUAGAACAAAUGAAACUGGAACACGAAUGUGAUGUCUGCCUUGCUGUGAGCACCAUCCGGCACAACAGAAAACAAUUUGUAACUGAUGAGAACCAGUUCCUUUUCCUGUACGAGUGUGCUGUCAAAUUCAUAAACGGAUUUCAGUCAUAUGCUAAUUUUCAGAAUCAAGCUUCUUAGCUCAAAGGAGGAGAAGAAUGCAUAAAAAACACAGUAUUAAAUAAAUUAAAUAACUUGUAGUUUUUAUUUCAAAUAAAAGAUAAUUAAUAGAA